AUGAGCGGAAUUACGAAUGCCUGUCUGUCCUGCUUCUCGACAGUCGAUCGAUGGUGCCAUAUCUCAGCUUGUCUCGGCCCGAUCGGGGGCCGCUCAAGGGAUGGGAUUUAUGAGACCACUUUGGCAGACAACGAGCGUGAAGCGGUUUCCGAUCUUCUGGGUUACCUUGAAAACAGGACCGAGACCGACUUCUUCGCCGGUGAACCCCUUCGGGCCUUGAGCACCCUCGUCUAUUCCGACAAUGUCGAUCUCCAACGGAGCGCCAGUCUGACAUUCGCUGAAAUCACGGAGAGAGAUGUGCGCGAGGUCGAUCGAGACACGCUGGAACCCAUCCUCUUCUUGUUGCAGAGUUCGGAUAUCGAAGUGCAACGUGCUGCCAGUGCAGCACUAGGCAACUUGGCUGUAAAUGCGGACAAUAAGGUGUUGAUCGUCGCUCUGGGAGGACUGGCUCCUCUAAUACGGCAAAUGAUGUCACCGAAUGUGGAAGUGCAAUGCAAUGCAGUCGGUUGCAUUACAAACCUGGCUACCCAUGAGGAUAACAAGGCUAAGAUCGCUCGAUCCGGUGCCUUGGGCCCGUUAAUCCGUCUAGCGAAGUCGAAGGACAUGCGUGUGCAACGAAAUGCCACGGGAGCGUUGUUGAAUAUGACACACUCGGAUGAUAACCGACAACAACUUGUCAACGCCGGCGCUAUCCCCGUUCUUGUUCAAUUGCUCUCCUCCCCCGAUGUGGAUGUACAAUACUACUGCACUACCGCCCUCAGCAACAUCGCUGUCGACUCGUCGAAUCGCAAGCGCCUUGCCCAAACCGAAUCCAGGCUGGUUCAGUCGCUGGUGCACCUGAUGGAUUCGUCAACACCCAAGGUCCAAUGCCAAGCGGCGUUGGCACUGCGCAACCUUGCCUCGGACGAGAAAUACCAGCUCGAAAUUGUUCGAGCUAAGGGUCUUCCACCGCUCUUGCGACUGCUGCAGUCGUCCUACCUUCCUCUUAUCCUAUCCGCCGUCGCCUGUAUCCGCAACAUUUCCAUCCAUCCCUUGAACGAAUCGCCGAUCAUCGAUGCGGGCUUCCUCAAGCCCCUGGUAGACCUGCUGGGAUCGACCGAUAAUGAGGAAAUUCAGUGUCACGCCAUCUCGACCCUCCGGAAUCUUGCCGCAAGCUCGGAUCGGAACAAGGAGCUGGUCCUGCAGGCCGGCGCUGUCCAGAAGUGCAAGGACCUCGUUCUCCGUGUGCCCCUCAGCGUUCAGUCGGAAAUGACUGCUGCAAUCGCGGUCCUGGCCCUGAGUGACGAGUUGAAACCGCAUCUCCUCAACCUUGGGGUCUUUGAUGUCCUGAUUCCCUUGACGGAAUCAGAAAGUAUCGAAGUGCAAGGGAACAGCGCUGCGGCGCUGGGAAAUCUCUCCUCUAAAGUGGGUGACUACUCCAUUUUUGUGCGUGAUUGGGCAGAUCCGAACGGAGGCAUUCACGGCUAUCUCAAUCGUUUCCUCGCCAGUGGCGAUCCGACAUUCCAGCAUAUUGCCAUCUGGACUCUGCUUCAGCUUCUGGAAUCGGAGGAUCAAAGACUCAUCGGAUAUAUCGCCAAGUCCGACGAUAUCGUUCAGAUGGUCAAGUCCAUCUCCGACAAGAAUAUUGAAUCGGACGAGGAGGACGCUGAGGACGGGGAAGGCGAGGUCAUUGCGCUGGCUCGGCGAUGCCUCGAAUUCCUUGGAAAUGGUCACAAGCUUGUAGAAGCCUAA